CAGUAAUGCGCCAGUCAACUGUUGGUGAAACGCCGGAAGCUAGAAGAACUGAAGAAGAUGAAGUGAGCGAAACUCAAACAAUUCAGUUGGUGUUUACUAAGCUUUGACAAGCGUUAUAGUGAUUUUUCGUUGUUUUCUCGUUGAAAGUUAGCGAAUAUUAUAAUACUGUCGACAAACCCACUAUAACGUUACGAUUAUGUCAAUGUAUAACUACGCCAACCGGAUAACGAGAAGAUAUCUUUAAGCAGUGAGUUAGCAUCAGGUUAGCGAGGCUAACGUUACAAAUGAGUACCAGCCGGCUUAUAACCUCGACAAACGGCAGGUGCAAAGCGUCAGUCAGCCGCAACAAAGAACACCCAGUCCCCAGAGGUGCCAACAAGGUGCUGGCCCAGAGGAACCAUGCGGUGGUGGCGGUGGGAGCCUGGGUGGAGGGCGGGCAAGACUUCGUGGAGCACCCGUCUUCUUCCCAUGUCUUGGUUCAGGCUCUGGCUCUGCUAACUGAGGAGAUCCAGGCAGAGAAGAGGAGGGAGACUGAAGAGAGCCUUCGACGAUUUCAAGAUGAAGUACGCCAUCGUGUGGCACAGCAAGCUCAAGUCAGCAAGAAGAGACAGCAGCCUCCGACAGACUCAGUGAUGAAACCUGAAAGGAGAAUCCCACAUCAGCAGGAUCAUGUCUGGACCCAGCAUGUGUCCGCUGGCGAGAGGCUGAUGUCUGCAGGGGAUGCUGCACACCGGAGGCUGACGGAGGGGAGCCCUCAGGAGUCUAGUGGAGGCAUGAGGCAGGUCAGACUCAGACUGGCUGCCUGUCGGAUGAUCCCCCAUGGGGAAAUGUCGUCAGACCUUCCUGGAGGCAAAUGGAAUAUCUCUUCCAACAGACAUAAACCUGGAUCUCACGUGCUGAGAGCAGAGCAGGAGGAGGCUGUUCAGGAAGAAGAGGAGGAGGAAGAGGGGGAUGAUCAUCUCUUCACCAGUCAACAUAAAUGUCCCCUCGUUCAGCAGAAGGUUAGUGGACCUGUGUUGUGGGAUUCUGACAAAUCACAGCCUGGUCCUGGUUUCAAGUCCAACCUCAGAGCCCCCCCGGUACUGUGGCCUCUGACUGACCAAGAAGAACUGAAAAGACAGCGUCAGUCUCAGUUCCUGGUGCACCGCCGUCAGUACAUGAACAUUGAGAGAGAGCAAGUGAAGGAGAACAAACAGAACAGGAAACACCUGAAGAGGACGGCAAGGAUCAAAGCUGAAAAAGAACAGAUUCGUUUGGAGGAAGAGAGAAAGUUGGAGAGAGUCCGGCAGCUCGCGGAGGCCAGACAAAGGCUAGAGGAGAGAGAGCUGCUGAUUCUGGAGCGACUGAAGCUUGAGGAGGAGGAGAGAGCUGUGGAGCUGCAGAGGAGAAAAAGAGAGGAGAAAGGGAAAGUGACUGCAAGGUUCAUUGAGGCUCUGAGAGCUCAGAUGAAGGAGCGACUGUCUCAGGAGAGGCUGGAGCCGCCUCCUCUCUGUUGCUGUGCAUCCUCUUUCUGGGACUCCCACCCCGACACCUGUGCUAACAACUGUGUCUUCCACAACAAUCCCAAAGACGGAAAUAUCUCAACAGAUAUCAAAUGGAUUGCCGUGGCAUUUUGUCCAGGCAUUCGUGUUUUCCACAAGAUGAAGCCAACUGACUUUGAUGAUCCUUGACUUUUCAUCCACUGAUAUCACAAGACCCAAUAUCUCAACAUCUACGAGACGGAUUGGCGCAGAAUUUUGUCCAGACAUCAUUGGCUCUUAGAUGAUGUAUCCUAUAGACUUUUCCUCUUAGUGCUAUCAUCAGGUCCUGCAAAAGAGAGGCUGCAUCUCAGUGAACCUUUCCCAAAAAAAUAAAAUACAAUACAAAAAGG